AUGACUGGUGUAUUGCCACUCUUGUCGCACGAUAUUCUGAUUCUUGCACAAAUUGAGAACCGGAUGGAUCCGGUUGGUGUUGUGGAGGUGCCCUAUCCCCUAGAGCUUGUCGUCCUGGCUCUGACCCCGAAGAAGUCAAGAUUUCAUAAUAUCCUUGAAACUGCGCACACGUUUGGCAUCUUCCUGACUGACAAGGACUUUCAGUUGACUUGUGAGCUCGCAACUUCUGCGGAUGACCUUUUGGAGGCCAUCGAAAUUUACCUUUCAAAAACCGUCGUAAUGCCAAGACAGACAGAAGCGUUCGUCCCCUUCCCUACUGUCAUGCCGCAUAAGGAAAUCAAUCUUAUCCUCAACGAAGCGAGUAAGUACAAGGUUUGA